UCCGACCGGCCAUGUGAGCGGAAAACACUGCGCCAGGGUGAUCCGCACAGUUGUGUUUUACUUCCUAAAUUAACAGUUUAAUGUCCUCUAACUGUUUUUGAAUUGAGUUAUUUCUGUUAAAUAAUAGUGUAAUAUAUUAUAAAGAUUCGUCUGUUGAUAAAUCCAGCCGCCCAGCACACACCAUGACGUCAUUGAGUGGCGGAGGUUCCUCAACCACAGAGUACACUGUGAGAGUCCCCAAAAACACCAGCAAAAAGUACAAUAUAAUGGCUUUCAAUGCAGGUGACAGAGUCAACUGUUCAAGCUGGACACAGGCACGAAUGGAAAGAGACAUGAGCGCUCGGCGAAUAUAUGGGGAAGAGGAGAUACCUGAGAGCGGUGCUGGCAGUGAGUUUGGCAAAAAACAGCGAGAAGAGGCCAGGCGAAAAAAGUUUGGAAUAGUGACCCGAGAGUUCAAAGUGGAAGACCAGCCUUGGAUCCUUAAGGUCAAUGGGAAAGCUGGGAAAAGGUUCAAAGGUAUAAAGAAGGGUGGAGUUACAGAAAACGCAUCCUACUACAUUUUUACACAGUGUCCAGAUGGAGCUUUUGAAGCCUUUCCAGUUCAUGGGUGGUAUAACUUUACACAGCAGGCGAAGCAUCGAACUUUGACUGCUGAGGAAGCUGAAGAAGAGUGGGGCAGGCGGAACAAGGUUGUAAAUCAUUUCAGCAUUAUGCUUCAGAGACGCCUACGGGAGAGCGAGCGCGGUGAGGAUGAUGACGAUGAGACAGAAAAGGGUGGGAAGAAGAAAAAGAAGGGGAGGGGAAAAAGUGGCGACUUUCUCAUUCACGGCCUUGAGGAUGACCUGGAGAUGAGCAGUGAUGACAGCGACAGCAGCAUGGGAGACGAUGGAGAAAGCAAGGCAAAGACAAAAAAGGAUUUGGGAAAAGGGAAAGGAAAAAAGAAGAAGCAAAAGGGCCACGAUAAGGAGGCCCUUGAAGACAGUGAUGAUGGAGAUUAUGAGGGCCUAGAAGUGGAUUAUAUGUCAGAGGAAAGCAGCUCAGACGACGAGCCGGUAAAUGAAAAGGUCAGCAAAGCAGAAGAGCAUCCUAAAGGCAUAGAUGAGAUGUCAGAAAGUGAGGAAGAGAGCGAGGAGGAGAAACAAAACGAAGAUGAAGCCAAAGAGGAGGAAGAGGAGGAGGAAGGCAAGAAAACCCCAGUUCAAAUGGAAAAGAAGAAGAAAAAAGACAGCAGCGGAGAAUCGGACAGCUCUGAUGACAGUGACAUUGAGAAGGAAACCGCUUCUGCUUUGUUUAUGAAGAAACGUACACCUCCUAAACGGCCCGGUGGACGGGGCUCCACAGGGAGCUCCAGGACGGGCAGUCGUCCGGGGACGCCAUCCAUCGACUCUGCCUCCACCUCCAGCACGUUACGUGCUGCUGCCAGCAAGUUGGAGCAAGGGAAAAGACAGAUUCAGGCUGCAGCUACUGACUCACCAGCAGCCAAAAGGCUGAAGAUGGAGCCCAGCAGUCAGAGCCCAGUCCCCUCUGGGAAGAGCACACCUCAACCCCCGUCAGGGAAAUCCACUCCAAGCUCAAGUGAUGUGCAGUUAAAUGAGGACGCUGUCCGCCGCUACCUGAUUCGUAAGCCGAUGACCACCAAAGACCUUCUGAAGAAGUUCCAGACGAAGCGUACAGGUUUGAGCAGUGAGCAGACAGUCAACGUGCUCGCACAGAUCCUGAAGCGCCUCAAUCCAGAGCGAAAGAUGGUCAACGACAAAAUGCACUUCUACCUCACGGAGUAAGCGGCAAAGCAGGAAGGGUGGGAGUCAAGAACCAUUGUAGAACCUUGAGAGGAGGUGUUACAGCAGUUAUGCUCACUUUUCACAGUAGCUCUACCCUCAGUUCUCGGAAGAAUAGAUUUAAUAAAGUCUUUUUUUUGUUGUUGUUUAACUUUCUUAAUUAGGUUGAGUCUGAAGUGAUGGAGCAAAGCUGUGCUUAUGUUUUACUACAAAUCUGAUCAAUUGUUAAUGUGAUCCUAGAAGUUAGCCUUUAGCUGCUUUUUCCCUGGUCAAAAUAUUUUAUAAUAAAAUUAAAACUGGACUGUU